UUGGUUGAGGUAGAAGAAUUGCAUCAAUUUACCUAUUGUUCGGUAUCGAAAAUCUAUGGAGAAUUCGUACCUUUGUGUGCCAUCAAAUUAUUCUUGGAAAAGGGGGGACGCGUUGAACUGCUUGCUACUCAUCAUCAAAUAUCUGAUGAUUAUUUCACGGAAUCCGGUUCGGUGAGUUGGACUUUAAACGACAAUGACGGAAUCACUAGUGCUAAUUUGGUCUGGGAUAUGGAAAAAUUAAGGAGCACUCGAAGGUUGUUUGAUGUGUUCAACCAAAACUCCCUCCCCUCCAUCGAAUGUGCCUUCUACCUCUCGUGUCAACGCACCAGGGUCAUGCCAAAUUCGAGGUCAAACGUUUUACCUACAAG